AUGGCGUAUAACAUAAUAUUUGCUUUCUCUCUUUUGCUCCUUUCCUUGCUUAACAUCUGUCUCGGGGCAGAAAUCGCGAUAUACUGGGGCCAAAAUGGGAACGAGGGCAGCCUGCGGGACACCUGCGCGACCAACAACUAUAACAUCGUAAACAUAGCGUUCUUAACAACGUUUGGCAAUGGUCGGACUCCGGUCCUCAACCUUGCCGGUCAUUGCAAUCCUGCUGCUAAUCAGUGUACUGGCCUGAGCGAGGAGAUCAGAGCCUGUAAGAGCCAAGGCAUCAAAGUCUUGCUUUCCAUUGGUGGUGGCGUCGGAAACUAUUCCCUUUCCUCUGCUGAUGAUGCCAAGAAUGUGGCGCAAUAUUUGUGGGACAAUUAUCUUGGAGGGCAGUCAGAGUCAAGGCCACUAGGGGAUGAAAGCUUGGACGGAAUCGACUUUGCUAUAGUUAUAGGCGGCAAUCAAUUCUACGACGAAUUGGCCAAGGCAUUAUCCACAUUUGGGCAAAAAGUGUAUUUGUCAGCAGCUCCUCAAUGUCCUUUCCCGGAUCGACGGCUACAAUCGGCCAUAAAAACCGGUCUUUUCGACUACGUUUGGGUGCAAUUCUUCAACAACCCUACCGCAGCGUGUCAGUAUUCUGGGGAUACCAAAACCGAUGAUCUUAUGAAAUCUUGGAAAAAUAAUUGGUCUACCAUUCCCACACCAAAACUAUUAAUGGGAUUGCUUGCAUCCCCGAAAGCUGCCGGGAGUGGUUUCAUUCCGGCUGAUGUGCUUACUUCUCAGAUUCUCCCGGCGAUCAAGGGUACACCCGAAUAUGGAGGCGUGAUGCUGUGGUCUAAAUUCUUUGACAAUGGUUACAGCUUAAGUAUUAAGUCUGCGGUUUGA